AUGAGGAAGGGCAACAGCAAUCGAAAAGAAGCAGAAGGGAGCGAGCAAGAGCGGACGGGACCUCUGGAGGAGUUGACGAAUGUGUUCGUCCUGAGAAAUAGAAGUCAGCCUGAAUCAGAGACAGAUCCGAUAGAGGGCGAGGAAAUAAGAACCAGCAAAAAAGGAGGCGAAAUAACGAGAAGAAUUAGGAGAUCGAUGACAAGUAAUAAGAAAUCGAAGUGGGGAACGAACCACCCAACACAUUCUAAGAAGUGGGGGAUCAACCGGAAAUCAAAGCAGUAUUCAGGGAAAAGGCACGUGACGAACGAGCACCUAAGACAAAGGGGAGGGACUGCUAGGAGGAGGGAGAAGAGGGAGAAAGGACCAAACAGAGGCGGGAUAAACUCGGCAAGACGGAGAAGAGGUAGUCUAGGGGGAGCAUCUGCCCCUCAGAACAAGGGAGGCGCUAUAACCCCUGGAAGAUGGCGACUUACGGACCUCGCAAUAAUAGAAGCAUGCAGAGGACAAACCAACAAGAGUAGAACUGGAGACUGGGAGAAAAACCCAGACGAAUACAGAGGAGAACCAGACGGACGAACCAGGAGCAAAAACGCCAACAAGAACGCGAAGGGAGGAGAAGACCACAUGGCUUUUAAAUUGAGGGACUAUAUGAGGAACUUGGAGGAGGAAGCCGUUAAGGAUCCACCGAGAGGGGACCACGGCAGAGUAACAUUAAAAUUGACCCAAGUGGCGCAGUCAAAAGGAGAUAAAGACAGAAAAAUAGGACGGGACAGAUGGAAAAACAUCCUGAACCUGGCAGGAACAGAAUUAAGGGAAACGGACAUUAGAGCCCGUAUGAUAUGUAAAGCAAUAGAGACAUGGAUAGCAAAUCUGAAGCCACCCGAGACAGAAAGGAAACUAUAUGAACAGGGGGACUGCACCCCAGAAGGAACAGGAUGGUUAAUAUCAGGAGCAAGGAGCCCAAACUGUAAAUACAAGGCUGAUUACGAAGUAUGGUCCAGCUACAACUCGAGUAGAGACUUAUAUCCGUGGCAGGAAAAUGACAGGUAUCUUAUGAUCUGUAUGGACCUGAUGAGUAUAAUAAUCACGAUAUUUGAAAGUAUAAGCCUGGAAGGGACGCAAUGGAAGGUGGGACCCAAAGAAGAUGCAUGUGAAUUUUUAUUCGGCGCCUUAACCGAAUGGGGAGGGAGAACAGUAGCCAAACGAGUAAUGCAGGAUUGGUUCCCACAGGUAGCGGACCAGGAAAGAAGAGAAAGCUUCCCUAUAAAAUUCAACAAGCAGCCGGCAGUAGAAUGGGCCGAAUUCUUCGAGGGAGUCCAGAACACAGUCAUAGGAAUACAAUGUAGCUCACAGGGAAAACGAGAACACCCAAGAUAUUCAACCCCGUGUAUAGUUCUAAAAGGAGAGAGGAGUUGUAAUGUGGGGGGAGACGAAGAUGCCUCAGAGGAGAAACGGAAGGUAAGUCAUACCAAAGAGUGA